AUGACUCGAUCACAUUCGUUUCGAUCUCGCAGACCAUUAAAUUAUCGUGAGAAAGUUCAAAAAAUAAAAAAGAAUAAGCUAAUACAUAAAGCGAAGGUUAAAAAGGAAUUCCACAAAUUUUUGAAGAAAGACGAUUUCAUUACCAAGACACCCGAAUUUAUUAGAAAAAUAUUUGAAGAGGUUGAGGAAGAAGACGUGAAGGAAACAGUCGAUCAUGAGCAACGGUCACAAGACACAGACAAUAGUGACAAUGCCGAACGUAUAGAAGAUGAAAACUGUCCGGAUGAGGCGACUGAUAAUGUGAUGAGUAAUGGCGAGCAUUUAAAUGCAAAUGAAUCUGCGACAGGCAAAGAUAAAGCCCAGGGUGCAAGAAGCCACAUUAAAAAGAACAAAAAACAUAAACCAAAUCCUUUCCAGAAAGUUCUCAAUGAAAGCGAGCGACAGAGACAGGAAAAACGGGAACAAAUAGAGUCAUAA